CAAGAAUUCACUUCCGGAGAAUCCCAUGAGUCCAUGCUCUCAUUUUUGGCGCCUGUAACAAACAAUUAGCAGUUGGGUAAGAUGGAGGAAGAAACAACAACUUCGUCAGAGCAGGUACCCCUAGAUGCGGCAGUGUCUGCUUUUGAUCGAAUUUUUAAUGUCGCAAAUAGAGCACGAACCGAACUUAUGCGUAGUUCGUCCAACGAUAACUUGCUGGCUGCUACAAGGAUGCUGUUUCGACGGUCUCGAAAUCGACAUUCAGGUACAGCUGGUAGACGAGGAAGCCUUUGUUGGAAUGUAGGCCUUUUUUUGCUUCCUGGCCCAACCUUAACAAAGUUACCUACAAUCGAAGAGAGAAGAAAAAUGAGAGAAAGUGGAUUUGGUUGCCCUGUGGAUGACACAGGUAAAGAAAAAGUGUCCCAAAUCCAAAUGAAUUGGAGUUUGGCAGAUUUCAAACAAUUUGUCUGUCAAAGUUUCCCGAAUGUCAGCCUGAAUUUGGUUGGAUAUGAGUUAGCCAAGGCUGACAGAGGAAAGAACUUGAAGAAGGUUCAGGUUACUUCCGUCAAUGAAUUAAAGAAAGCUCUUGGCCGGAGUAGGCUGUACAUUCUACCAUUAGCAGAAUUACACCAGGAAUCGGCACCUCCUUUGUGCCAAUCCCGAUAUGAACCUGAACCAGGAGCCAACCCUGAGACAACUCCAACUGUGGUGACUGACCUUACUGAUUUCAUAAAUCGGGAGCUUAGUAGCAACGCAGAUGACACUGCAGGCAGCACAGUGGCCUUGCAGCAGUGGCGAGCUUUGCGGCAUGAACAAGACCAAGAAUUUGAACAAUCUUUAAUGGCAGACAGAGAAAAAGAGAUGAGACGCCAAAUUGUAGAGACACAGGAAAAGAGUCGACUUCAGGCAAUUGAAGACAGAAGAAAGAGAAUUUUUAAUCAAGAGGAACCCAUUGAUGGUGUGCCCAUCAAAUUCAAGUUUCCAAAUGGAAAGGAAAAAAUUCGAAAAUUCAUCCUGUCAGAGACAAUUCAAAUCUUAUUUGACUUUGUUGGUCAGGAUGACCUGUCCAGUGAAGUUUUCUACGUUCAAGAUGUGACUUCUUCCACACCUCUUGAAAACAGCCUCCAAGGAACCCUUUAUGAUCACAAACUUCAAGGUCAUUCAACUCUCUAUGUUCUUUGGACUUCACCAGUGGAUGCACAUGAAAGUCAAGGUAAACAGAACGAGGCAAGCACUGAAGUGAAUUCUGGUGAAGUCCAUUUCUCUUUUUCCAACCAGUCACCUGCAUCUCCAAAUGAACCGACUUCUUUUAUGCCAAUGAAUGAUUGUCAUUCCCCAACCCCCCCAAACUGGUCACCUGCUCAUUCACCUGCACACUGGUCACCUGCUCCUUCAUCUGCUCCUUCAACUGCACAUUGGCCACUUGUUCCUUCACCUACACAUUGGUCUCCUGUUCCUUCACCUUCUCACACACAUCAGUGGUCACCCGAGCAUUCUCUUCCCACUCAACCUUCCUCUCUAACAACUGACAAUUGUGAAAUGAUUUCGACACAAGUUGAUCUGCAGAUGAUUUUGAAGAAGCUACAUGACAGAGUUGAUCUCCAAUGUAGUCCUAUUAGCAAUCAAAUUAAUGUUAGUCGAGGCAACAUUUUACAAGGUAGUCUGCAAGCUUUUAAAAGAAAGCGCUUUAAACCAGAAGCAAGGCUGGAUGUGAUUUUUGUCGACUCUGAUGGGGUUGGAGAAGGAGCAGUAGAUGAAGGUGGACCAACCAGGGAAUUCCUACGCUUGCUGAUGAGGGAAAUCCAAAUGUCAAAAAUAUUUGAAGGACCAGAAGAUAACAGACUACUGGCUCUUGAUAAUCAUGCACUCGAGAAUGGCUUGUACAUGGCCAUUGGAAAAAUGAUUGCAGUGAGCGUAGUUCAUGGUGGAGUUGGCCCUCGUUUCUUUUCUAUUCGUCUCUUUAAGCAACUCUGUGGUAAAUGUACACUUCCUGUCUCCCUUGAGGAAAUAGCAGACAUCAGCUUCAGAGAAAAACUCUCAAAGAUUAAAGAAGCAGACUCUGUUGAAAAAGCUAAUUCAGCUAUCUCAGAUGCUGGGGACAGUCUGAACAUGAUGGGAGCACUUAGGUACGUCUCAUCUCUUAAAGAGAGGGAUUCGCUGGUCCAAUCUGCAGCAGAAUACUUUGUGAAUGGGCGGACAAAUUUGGCUCUCAGACAAUUUGAAGAAGGUUUCCAAACUCUUGGUGUGAUUGAAGAGCUCAAAAAUUAUGCGGACAUCUUGGAAGACCUGUUUGUCAAUGCAGUCAGACCACUGGAGGCAAAAGAUCUCUCCACUCUUUUCGAAGUGGACUUAUCACCCCUUGGAAGCAACAAAAGGCUGCUGGAAAGUAAGAUGAUCUGUUUCUGGAGAGACUGGUUGAUCGAUGUAGAAGAAGGUGACUGCGAUCCAUUGACACUGGAAAUGGUGUUGGAGUUCGCUUCUGGAGCCUCAUCUGUGCCUCCGCUAGGAUUCCCCCAUCAGCCAAAAAUUGAAUUUCUUUCUUCAUUUGGUCAAGAGAAUAGAAAAUAUCCAGAGGCCAACACAUGUCUUGUUAUUCUCAGACUUCCGUAUCACCGUACUUAUGAUGAUUUUAAAAUCUACAUGACUGAAGGUAUUUUGCAGUCGCCAACUUUCGGCACCAUGUAAUACAUUAUGCACCUCUUUCAUGUAAAGGUGACUAAAGAAAUACUUUAAGAAAUACAGGUUCACAAAUUCUCUUAAAGGGUUAGUUUACCCAAAAAUGAAAAUUCUGUUGUUAAUUAAUCCCCCUUGUGUCGUCCCAAACCCAUAAGACCUUCAUUCAUCUUUGGAACUCAAAUUAAGAUAUUUUUGAUGAAAUCUGAGAGCUUUCAGACCUCCAUGUAGACAGUAAUGUAAUUUCCACUUUCAAACCCCAGAAAGGUAGUAAAGAGAUUGCUAAAAUAGUCAUUGAUUACAAUGGUUCAACCUUAAUGUAAUGAAGUGAAGAGAAUACUUUUUGUGCACAAACAAUAACAACUUCAUUCAACAAUCUCUUCUCCAUUUUCAUUUGA